UUCUCAUACUAUGGAAUGCGAGCUGUGCUUGUGCUGUACUUCAAGUACUUCUUGCGCUGGGACGAUGACUUGGCCACUUCCAUCUACCACACCUUUGUGGCUCUGUGCUACCUCACCCCUAUCCUCGGAGCCAUUGUGGCUGACUCCUGGCUGGGAAAGUUUAAGACUAUCAUCUACUUGUCCAUUGUCUAUGCAAUUGGCCAGGUUGCAAUGGCUGUCAGUGCAAUCCAUGACAUCACUGACACGGACAGAGAUGGCACACCAGACAACAUGACCUUUCAUGUUGUGUUGUCCAUGGUGGGUCUCUUCCUCAUCGCCCUCGGCACAGGUGGCAUCAAACCUUGUGUGGCUGCCUUUGGUGGAGACCAGUUUAGUGACCACCAGGACAGGCAAAGGAGAACUUUCUUCUCUGUAUUCUACCUGUGCAUCAAUGGCGGGAGUCUCCUAUCAACCAUCAUCACUCCAAUCCUCAGAGCUCAAGAUUGUGGCAUCCACAGUCAGCAGAAGUGUUAUUCUCUGGCCUUCGGUGUCCCUGCAGCACUAAUGCUGGUUGCCCUUGUGGUGUUUAUCGUUGGGAGUGGUAUGUACUACAAAGCUGAACCACAGGGAAACAUCAUGCUGGAUGUGUGUAAAUGCAUUGGGUUUGCCAUUAAAAACCGCUACAGGCACAGAAGCAAUCAAUACCCAAAGAGGCAGCACUGGAUGGACUGGGCUGAGGAAAAAUAUGAUAAACUCCUCAUUGCUCAAAUCAAAAUGGUGCUGAAGGUCCUAUUUUUAUACAUCCCACUGCCGAUGUUUUGGACACUAUUUGACCAAAAGGGCUCUAGAUGGACUCUGCAAGCUACCACCAUGAAUGGACACUUUGGGAGCCUUGUUAUACAGCCUGAUCAGAUGCAGACUGUCAACCCCAUCCUGAUCCUGACUCUGGUGCCUAUCAUGGACAGCGUAAUCUACCCUCUGAUCAACAAAUGUGGCCUGAACUUCACGCCUCUGAAAAGAAUGACAGUGGGGAUGCUUCUGGCAGCUUUAGCUUUUGUCUGUGCUGCUCUGGUUCAGAUUGAAAUUGAUAAAACAUUGCCCACCUUCCCAUCAACAUCCCAGAGUCAGCUGAAACUACUUAACAUGGGCAGUGAGACAGUCACAGUUAAGAUGCCUGGCAAUGAUCCACUGAAUCUUGCUGCAGCUCAGGCCAGUAAUGAAUACUUCACAUUUGAAGCAGGACAAAUCGACAUUUCAAUUGGACACCCAGAAGUGAGGAAUACUAUUUCUUUGGCCAAGGGACAGCGACAAACACUUCUCAUUCCCUCGAACAUCACUGAGGAAUGGCUGAUGACUGAUGAUAUAACUUCCAAACCACAAGAAGGCAACAAUGCAAUCCGAUUCGUAAAUGGAAUGAAUACAACAGUGAACGUAUCAAUACCUGCAGCCAACUUUGGACUAAUUGAGCCGUUUUCUUAUUCCAACUACUCCCUGAUAAAAAAUGGAAAGGUCACAUUCACACUAUGGAGUGGGUCACAGUCAUGUGAAUACAGCACGGACUUUGGAUUUGGAAGUUCAUAUACUUUCUUUAUUCCCAGCACUUUGGUCUUUGGGCCAAAUUGUCAGGAGUCUAUUACUGCUGCAGAAGACAUCAAGCCCAACUCAGUUCACAUGGCCCUCCAGAUCCCACAGUACUUCUUUAUAACUGCUGGUGAAGUGAUGUUUUCUGUUACUGGUUUGGAGUUCUCCUACUCACAGGCUCCCAGUAACAUGAAAGCAGUGCUGCAAGCAGGCUGGUUGUUUACUGUUGCUAUUGGCAACUUCAUUGUACUGAUUGUGGCUGAGCUUGCAAAGCUUCCCAAACAGUGGGCAGAAUAUGUCCUCUUUGCCUCUCUCCUGGUUGCAGUGUGUUUCAUCUUCUCCAUUAUGGCCUAUUUCUACACCUACAUUGACCCUGCGGAAAUUGAGGCCCAGUUCAAGAAGAAUGUAAAUGAAGAUGAUGAGGACAAUAAACACAAGCUACAGAAGACAGAGGUUGAGAUGAACAAGAGAGACUCAAUUAAAUGUCAUGAUGAAGAUGAUAAAGACAAACAGACCAAAAUGUGAACAGUAUAAAAAAGCAAUUUAGAUAUCCAAAUUGGGUUUCUAUACAAAGUUUGACGUCAACAUGUGAGGAAGAAUGUACAGUAAUUCUGCCAGUAUUGUGUGUGUGUGUGUGUGUGUGUGUGUGUGUGUGUGUGUGUGUAUGUAUGUGUGCGCAUGUGCGUAUGUAUGUGUGCGUGUGUGUGUGUGUACGCGUAUGUAUGUAUAUGUGUGUGUGCGUUUUAAAUAUUUUAUAUUUUAAUGGUAAAAUAACUAUUGUGAACAAAGAACCCUAAGCUCUCUAACAUUAUAUUCAGUAUAACAAAUUCAUUUAAUGUAGGCUAAAGUAUUAUAACAACAGCAGAUAAAUUGCUCUUUUAUAUUUAUGUGUAAGUUAUGUUCAGGUAAACUAUAACAAUACAUUUUUUUGUGUUUUAUCAUUUCAAAUGCUUAUUUUGAAGUCUUGGACUAAAAACCAUUGAGGAUGUAAUUGUCAUUCUUAGCAAUCUCUAAGCCUGAUAUCAUCUCUUCAGCUUACAAAUGUCUGGGCCAUAUAAAACUGAAUAGUGUUGUUUUUUGCAAUAAAUGUGUUUGGCUAGUACUGGAUAAAAAAACUGUGGUUUCCCUGUGGGGGUCAGCAAUGCAUACCUUCCAUCCAGGCUGUUCCAGAAGAUGUGAGCUCCUAAACUGGCAACUGGCUACUGGCUAAAAACAGAUUUUUAUAGCUCUUUCAACUGCAUGUUCCAAUCUGUGGAUGGAGUUUACGCAAUAAAAAUUAUUGUAAAAAAAUGUAUUAUCAAUUUAACAAUGUACAUGUGAUACUAAAUUACAAAAAAUAUAUAUAUUACAAAAAAUGAAUAUGUGAGCAAAAUUGAGUUUAUUGCAAACAGUGCCUACUCGUUCACAGGACAUACAUAAACCAAAAAAA